AUGUCUUUAAGUCGAAGAGACCCUCUUGUGGUAGGAAGAGUUGUUGGAGAUGUUCUUGAUCCUUUUACGAGAUCGAUCUCUCUUAAGGUUGUGUAUGGCCAACGACAGGUUACUAAUGGUUUGGAUCUUAGGUCUUCUCAAGUUGUGAACAAACCAAUGGUCGAGAUUGGAGGAGAUGACCUCAGAAAUUUCUACACUUUGGUUAUGGUGGAUCCAGAUGUUCCUAGUCCAAGCAACCCAUACCUUCGAGGAUAUCUUCAUUGGUUGGUGACUGAUAUACCUGCCACAACUGGAACGGCCUUUGGAAAUGAGAUGGUGUGCUAUGAAAAUCCAUGUCCCACCUCAGGAAUUCACCGCGUCGUGCUGAUAUUGUUCCGACAACUCGGUAGACAAACGGUUUAUGCACCCGAAUGGCGUCAACGGUUCAACACUCGUGAGUUCGCUGAGAACUACAAUCUUGGUCUCCCUGUGGCUUCCGUUUUUUUCAACUGUCAGAAAAAGAAUGGCUGCGGAGGAAGAAGAACUAGUUAG